UUAUCAAACGUGUGCUAAUUAAUAGGCUAUUUAUUGUAACAAACGAUUCUUUUGACUAAAAAGUUUUAAAUAUGCCCACAAUUUCAGUAAAACGUGACGUUUUAUUUGCCGCAUUGGGCAAGAAAUACAGUGAUGAAGAAUUUCAAGAUCUAUGUUUUGAAUUCGGCCUGGAAUUGGAUGAAGUUACAACAGAAAAGCAGAUGUUAAUGAAGGAGCAAGGAACACAUGCAGGCACUGGAGUUUCAGAAGAAAUUUUAUAUCGUAUAGAUAUCCCAGCUAAUCGGUAUGACUUGCUCUGCCUGGAAGGAUUAGUAAAUGGAAUUCUUGUAUUUCAAGGAAAGAAGGCCCCCCCACAAUACAAGUUAACUAAACAUGAAGAUUGUCACUCACUUCAUCUCACAUCUGCUACGUCACAAAUUAGGCCGUAUGCAGUAGCAGCAGUAUUAAAAGGGGUCACUUUCACUAAACAGUCUUAUGACAGUUUCAUAGACUUACAGGACAAAUUACAUCAGAACAUCUGCAGGAAACGAGCACUGGUUGCCAUUGGAACACAUGACCUGGAUAGUAUACAGGGUCCUUUUCAGUAUGAUGCACUCCCUCCAAAUGAGAUCAAAUUUAAGGCACUCAACCAGGAAAAGGAAAUGACUGCUCUCGAACUCAUGGAAUUAUAUUCGCACCAUGCUCAACUAAAACAAUAUCUGCCUAUAAUAAGGGACAGCCCUGUAUACCCGGUGAUAAAAGAUAAGAAUGGUGUAGUGCUCUCUAUGCCGCCCAUCAUCAACGGCGAUCAUUCCAAGAUCACAUUGAACACUAGGAAUGUUUUCAUCGAGGCAACAGCUACAGAUUUAACUAAGGCAAUAAUAGUUCUAGACACGAUAGUGUGCAUGUUCUCUCAGUACUGUGCAAAACCUUAUGAAGUGCAACAGUGCAAGGUGUUUGCCCCUGACGGCACGUAUGAGUUGUAUCCCAAGAUGGAAUACAGGGAGGAAUACAUAGACGUUAAUAAAGCUAACAGAUACAUCGGUAUAAGUGAGCCCGAGGAGAGGGUGGCAUCGUUAUUGUCCCGCAUGUGCCUUACAGCGGGGGCGGGGGAGGGGGGCGGCCUGCGCGUGCGCGUGCCUCCCACGCGGCAUGACGUCAUACACGCAUGCGACCUCUACGAGGAUAUCGCCAUCGCAUACGGGUAUAAUAAUAUAGAGAGGAGGACGCCGGCGGUGACGACGAGUAGUGCGCAAGAGCCACUCAACAAACUGACGGAGCAGUUGCGGCGCGAGUGCGCAUGCGCCGCCUACACGGAGGCGCUCACAUUCACUCUGUGUUCUCGCGAUGAUGUAUCUACGAAAUUGGGAUUGAAAAUCGAAGACGUGCCAGCGGCUCACAUCUCUAAUCCUAAGACGUUAGAGUUCCAAGUUGUCCGCACUACGCUGGUGAGCGGACUUCUGAAAACUAUCGCUGCGAAUAAGAAAAUGCCUCUACCAUUGAAACUGUUUGAACUUAGCGACGUCGUUAUAAUGGAUCCAAUCGCCGAGAGCGGUGCUCGUAACGAGCGUCGGCUAUGCGCCGUCUAUUGCGGCAAAACUGCCGGCUUCCAAUUUGUACACGGCCUUUUGGACCGCGUGAUGGCGUUAUUGAGACAACCCUGGGCUGCGGACGGAUAUACACUAAAGCAGUCUGAUGAUCCCGCGUAUUUCCCUGGACGUUGUGCUGAAAUAUUGCUGAGAGGACGAGUGAUCGGCAAACUGGGCGUGUUGCAUCCGCAGGUGCUCGCCGCGUUCGACCUAGCCAAUCCCUGCUCUGCCCUAGAAUUCAAUAUUGAACCGUUCCUAUAAGAAUACUAUGUUAUAUGAAUUAUAACUAUUUAAUAAAAUAUUGCGUUU